AGGUCAUGCACCUGUCUUGGUGUUCCUGGACAGAGGCAUCCAGACAGUUGGAAGUGUGAGACCAGAGCUUUGAGUUGAAGGUGGGGCUGCAGGUAGAGACCUGGGAGCCACGUGUGUGGAGAGAGUAUUUGAAGCUUUGGGAUCAGAUGAAGUGGCCAAGGAGAAGGUGAAGAGACUUCAGGGGGGCUCAUUUGGGAGGAAGAGGGAGAGGAGUGUCCGCAGACUCAGGGAAGGAGCAGUUAGAACAAAAAGUAAAUCGGAUCACACAGUCAAGGGAGGAGAGAGCGGGGCCUCGCAGCUAGUGGGCAUUUGCUGGGUGCCUUGAAGGCAUGACCACCCCGUGAGAUGUAAGAGCUGGGAUCUGAACUGAGCUGACUCCGGGGCCCCCCACCUUCUCCAUGCUGCCUCCGAAAAGGAGAGUCAGUCAGUCAGCUGUGUCCGUGGAUGACCUGCAUUUGGCUUACUGGAGGUGCCUAGGGACAGCGUUUCAUUAGAAACCAGCAACCACCCCAGAUUCCUUGGGCCACAGCUUCUCCUUUCAGCCACUAUGUGAUGAGGGUGUUCCUGUAUUUGUCGUCCCAGCAGUGAGAGAGGGCAGUGGAAAUCGAUCAGGAAACUCACAGGCUUCCGGAGCCCGCGGGGAGGAACUCACCCUGGAAAGUGGGGCAUUAUCCCAUUAAAAUACACCGCUCACUAGCAUUUACAACAUUACAGAUGGAAAUCUUUUAAAAAUAUGUUGCACACCUUUCUGCCUCCCUAAGCAUAUUUGGAAUGUGAUUUAACCUUUUUGGAUGACUCAGGAUGUCACUAUUCCCCUCAGGUAUUGCACCGGACUGUCACACAGUGGUUCCUUUGUUGAGGUUUGUCCCUGCCUGAAAUGAUGCCUGACUUUUGAGUUCUUAAUGUUAGCUUUUUCUAGUUUUUCCACCUCUGCCCUGAGGAGGAGUUGUCAGGUAACAAUCCAUAUCCCUCUCUCUCUGUUUGUGAACUUGGAAAUCAGCAUUCCCAGCAUGUUAGAAUUGGAUGUCGCUAAGAAGGAAUGGAUUCUGGGUUGGGUCUGAGAGGCUCUCCUAUGAGAAAAUAACAGUUUUUAAUGCAUAACUGUUAUCGUGUCAGUUUUGGCUGCUCAGAACUGUUUCUUUUCUUUGGUUCUGGUCUUCAUCCCUGUCCUUGAUAAUGAAUCUGCUGGAAUCCCCAGUUCAUGUUAGCCAAGGCAAUGCCAUUUAUGCCCUCGGGGGAGGCACUCAAGACCUGUGUGUAUGAAAGUUGAGUAAAUGAAGUCACAUAUGUGGAAUCACUCUGUCAGCUCUAACAUCUAAUACCUGUGGUCCUGACAGUUUCUGCUGUUGGAAACGGCUCUAGGCAGAAUGGGAUGGACAGCUCGAGAGAGAGCUGUGCAGAGAGCGACUGCUGUAAGAUCCCAGAGAUGAGAUAGAUGCUCCCAAGGAAAGCCUCCUGUGGCAGAAUGGUUAAGAGCAUGGGCUGACGGGUUUAAUCCCGGCUUUGCUACUUGCUAGCUGUGUGAACUUGGACAGUUUGCUGAAUUGCAUUGUUCUUCAAUGUCCUACUCUGUAAAAUGGAGGUCAUGUGUUGUUGUAGGACUAAAUGAGUUAAUACAUGGAAAUCCUUUACAAUGUGCCAGGCACUAUUCUAAGUGAUCAAUAAAUGCUACGAUGAUUAUUAACCCUCGUGGUCAGAGAAGGCUUCAAGGAGGAGGUGGGAAUUGGCUAGAUCUUGAAGGAUGACUGAGUGAGAUUUGUGGAGGUAAAGGAAAGACCAGGGUUUCCCCGCCAGGAAAAUGUUCUAAAUGAGGAGUCCAGAGGGUAUGAGUCGAGUGUAUCAGACCAAGAUGGUUGUGCUUUAUGGGAAAUAAAAUCAGAACUGUAGAUUAAAGCCAGCUUCUAGAAGUCCUGAACUUCAGGCCAAGAAUGCAGCCCAUCGAAACUUUUAAAGCCAGACAGAUUUGGUUCAGAUUUUGACUCUGUCCCUCACCAGCAGUGUGACCUUGGGUAAGUUUCUUCCACUUUCUGAGCCUUGACUUCCCCGUCUUUACAAGGGAGUAAUAGUAGUAUCUGUUGAUGAGGUAGCACGGAAACGAGGCAUGGAAAAAGCCAGGCACAUUUGAAGUGCUGGGUAAGUGAGAAGUGUUCACUUCUUAUUUUUUAUUCAUUCAACAAACACAGGCAUGCCUUUUUCUGAGCCAGGAACUGUGUAAGCAGCUGGAUAUAGAGAGAUGAAUGAGACGUUGUCCUUCCUCUUGGAGAUCUCACAGUCCAGCCAGGAAGCAGACGUGGAAACACAAUCGCAAUAGAGAUGCGAUAAGUGAAAUAACAACCCGAGCUACAUAUCGAGAACUGGCACAAAAGAAGGAUGGCUAGGAGGUCAGUUCAGAACAUAGACCAAUGUAUACUGACUUGGUCUGAAAGCAGGAGUCGACUUUCUCAGGCAGCUGAGGGUGAGAGGAAUGAGGAUGGGGAAGGGUGUUUCAAGCGGAGGGAAUAGUAUGUGCAGAGACGCGGCAUAUUAGGGAAAGGGGGAGAAAUUGGGUGUGGCUGAAGCCCGGACUGUCGCAGGAAAGGAGGUUGGAGGGAGGCAUGGUCAAACCCAAAUGGACUUUCCUGAGAAGAUUGGACUUGAUCCUGUAGGCCCUGGGAAGCCUUGAAGAGUUCUAAGCAGGGUCGUGACUCAGUUGGACCACUUUGGUGGUGCUUGGACUGUGACUUGCAGGAUAAGAAGACUGGCUGUAGGGGGAGAUCCUUUAAGAGGCUUAUUAACAUUCCGAGGAGAGGAUCUGAUGAGGGUUUGGCCUUGGGGCUUUGCUGAUGGUGAUGGAGGGAUGAAAAGUGUUUCUAGGAGUCGAGUCGAGCUUUUAGAGUUUUACAAGUUGGAACUGAUAGGACCUGGUGAUUGGUGUGAAAAAAAAAAGAGCAAGGCUGAUUUCUGGGUGUCUGACCUGAUCCGGGAGUGCAGGCAGGAGGAACGGGCUUGCAGGGGCGAGGGUUUUGAGGUCCAUCUUGGACAUGAGGACAUUCAGCCCAUGAGACACUCAGGUCAAGCUUCUCUGAAGGCAGAUCAGGAGCACAGAAGAGAGAGGAGCACCCCAUGGAAGGUCCGGCUCACCUGACGUUAAACAGCGAAGUAGGGUCCUUACUGUUCUCCGAGGGGGGGGCCGGGAGAGGAGGAGCCAGCGAUGUGCACCAGCCGACAAAAGGCAAGGAGGAGUUUGUGGCGACCUUCAAAGGCAAUGAGUUCUUCUGCUAUGACCUGUCACACAACCCGAUCCAGAGCAGCACGGACGAGAUCACGCUGGCCUUCCGCACCCUGCAGCGCAACGGGCUGAUGCUGCACACGGGCAAGUCGGCCGACUAUGUCAACCUGUCCCUCAAAUCUGGGGCCGUCUGGCUUGUCAUCAACCUGGGCUCGGGAGCCUUUGAGGCCCUUGUGGAACCCGUCAACGGCAAGUUCAACGACAACGCCUGGCACGACGUCCGGGUCACUCGAAACCUGCGCCAGCACGCAGGCAUUGGACACGCUAUGGUAAACAAACUGCAUUAUCUGGUGACCAUCUCCGUGGACGGGAUCCUGACCACCACAGGCUACACGCAGGAGGAUUACACCAUGCUGGGCUCUGACGACUUCUUCUACAUUGGGGGCAGCCCCAACACGGCAGACCUGCCGGGCUCGCCCGUCAGCAACAACUUCAUGGGCUGCCUCAAGGAUGUGGUGUAUAAGAAUAAUGACUUCAAGCUGGAGCUGUCCCGCCUGGCAAAGGAAGGAGACCCCAAGAUGAAGCUGCAGGGGGACCUGUCUUUCCGCUGUGAGGAUGUGGCUGCCCUGGACCCUGUGACCUUCGAGAGCCCUGAGGCCUUUGUGGCGCUGCCCCACUGGAGCGCCAAGCGCACCGGCUCGAUCUCGCUAGACUUCCGCACCACUGAGCCCAACGGGCUGCUGCUCUUCAGCCAGGGCCGGCGGGCCGGGGCUGGGGCCGGCAGCCACGGUGCUGCCCCGCGGGCUGACUACUUUGCCAUGGAGCUGUUGGACGGCUACCUCUACCUUCUGCUGGACAUGGGGUCUGGGGGCAUCAAGCUGCGGGCGUCCAGCCGCAAGGUCAACGACGGCGAGUGGUGCCAUGUGGACUUCCAGAGGGACGGGCGCAAAGGCUCCAUCUCGGUGAACAGCCGCAGCACGCCAUUCUUGGCCACCGGGGAGAGCGAGAUUCUGGACCUGGAGAGCGAGCUGUACCUGGGCGGCCUACCUGAAGGCGGGCGGGUGGACCUGCCCCUGCCCCCAGAGGUGUGGACGGCGGCGCUCCGGGCUGGCUACGUGGGUUGCGUGCGGGACCUCUUCAUAGACGGGCGUAGCCGAGACCUCCGGGGCCUGGCGGAGGCGCAGGCGGCUGUGGGCGUCGCCCCCUUCUGCUCCCGGGAGACGCUGAAGCAGUGUAACUCCGCCCCCUGCCGCAAUGGCGGUGUCUGUCGAGAGGGCUGGAACCGCUUCGUCUGUGACUGCGUCGGGACCGGCUUUCUGGGGCGGGUCUGUGAGAGAGAGGCCACGGUCCUGAGCUACGAUGGCUCCAUGUACAUGAAGAUCAUGCUGCCCAACGCCAUGCACACGGAGGCGGAGGACGUGUCUCUGCGCUUCAUGUCUCAGCGGGCCUACGGGCUCAUGAUGGCCACCACCUCCAGGGAGUCAGCUGACACCCUGCGCCUGGAGCUGGACGGGGGCCAGAUGAAGCUCACCGUCAACCUCGACUGCCUGCGCGUCGGCUGCGCACCCAGUGCCGCAGGUAAAGGCCCCGAGACGCUCUUUGCGGGGCACAAGCUCAAUGACAAUGAGUGGCACACGGUGAGGGUGGUGCGGCGUGGCAAGAGCCUGCAGCUGUCAGUGGACAACGUGACCGUGGAGGGACAGAUGGCAGGAGCUCACACGCGUCUGGAGUUCCACAACAUUGAGACAGGCAUCAUGACGGAGCGGCGUUUCAUCUCUGUGGUGCCCUCCAACUUCAUCGGGCACCUGAGCGGGCUGGUGUUCAAUGGCCAGCCCUACAUGGACCAGUGCAAGGACGGCGACAUCACCUACUGCGAGCUCAAUGCUCGCUUUGGCCUGCGUGCCAUCGUGGCUGACCCCGUCACCUUCAAGAGUCGCAGCAGUUACCUGGCACUCGCCACGCUCCAAGCCUACGCCUCCAUGCACCUCUUCUUCCAGUUCAAGACUACAGCCCCCGACGGGCUCCUCCUGUUCAACUCGGGCAAUGGCAACGACUUCAUUGUCAUCGAGCUGGUCAAGGGGUACAUCCACUACGUGUUUGACCUGGGGAAUGGCCCGUCCUUGAUGAAGGGGAACUCUGACAAACCAGUCAAUGACAACCAGUGGCACAACGUGGUGGUGUCCAGGGACCCCGGCAACGUGCACACGCUCCAGAUCGACUCCCGCACUGUCACUCAGCACUCCAAUGGCGCCCGAAACCUCGAUCUCAAAGGGGAGUUGUACAUUGGCGGUCUCAGCAAGAAUAUGUUCCACAACCUGCCCAAACUGGUGGCCUCCCGGGAUGGCUUUCAGGGCUGCCUGGCCUCGGUGGACCUCAACGGGCGCCUCCCGGACCUCAUCGCUGACGCCCUGCACCGCAUCGGGCAGGUGGAGAGGGGCUGUGACGGCCCCAGCACCACCUGCACCGAAGAGUCUUGUGCCAACCAGGGCGUCUGCCUACAGCAGUGGGAUGGCUUCACCUGCGACUGCACCAUGACCUCCUACGGAGGCCCCGUCUGCAACGACCCCGGGACCACAUACAUCUUUGGGAAGGGGGGAGCGCUCAUCACCUACACAUGGCCUCCCAACGACCGGCCGAGCACGAGGAUGGACCGCCUGGCCGUGGGCUUCAGCACGCACCAGCGGAGCGCCGUGCUGGUGCGGGUGGACAGCGCCUCCGGCCUCGGGGACUACCUGCAGCUGCACAUCGACCAGGGCACCGUGGGGGUGAUCUUUAACGUGGGCACGGACGACAUUACCAUCGACGAGCCCAACGCCAUCGUGAGCGACGGCAAAUACCACGUGGUGCGCUUCACUCGAAGCGGCGGCAAUGCCACCUUGCAGGUGGACAGCUGGCCGGUCAACGAGCGGUACCCGGCAGGAAACUUUGAUAACGAGCGCCUGGCGAUUGCUAGACAGAGAAUCCCCUACCGGCUUGGUCGAGUAGUAGAUGAAUGGCUGCUCGACAAAGGCCGCCAGCUGACCAUCUUCAACAGCCAGGCUGCCAUCAAGAUUGGGGGCCGGGAUCAGGGCCGCCCUUUCCAGGGCCAGGUGUCCGGCCUCUACUACAAUGGGCUCAAGGUGCUGGCGCUGGCCGCCGAGAGCGACCCCAACGUGCGGACCGAGGGCCACCUGCGCCUGGUGGGGGAGGGGCCGUCCGUGCUGCUCAGUGCGGAGACCACGGCCACCACCCUGCUGGCCGACAUGGCUACCACCAUCAUGGAGACCACCACCACCAUGGCCACCACCACCACGCGCCGGGGCCGCUCCCCCACGCUGAGGGACAGCACCACCCAGAACACAGAUGACCUCCUGGUGGCCUCGGCCGAGUGUCCGAGCGACGACGAGGACCUAGAGGAGUGUGAGCCCAGUACUGGAGGAGAGUUAAUAUUGCCCAUUAUCACGGAGGACUCCUUAGACCCCCCUCCCGUGGCCACCCGAUCCCCCUUCGUGCCCCCACCCCCUACCUUCUACCCCUUCCUCACGGGCGUGGGUGCCACCCAAGACACCCUGCCCCCGCCCGCGGCCCGCCGCCCGCCCGCCGGGGGCCCGUGCCAGGCCGAGCAGGACGACAGCGACUGCGAGGAGCCUAUCGAGGCCUCGGGCUUUGCCUCCGGGGAGGUCUUUGACUCCAGCCUCCCCCCCACGGACGACGAGGACUUUUACACCACCUUUCCCCUGGUCACGGACCGCACCACCCUCCUCUCCCCCCGCAAACCCGCUCCCCGGCCCAACCUCAGGACAGAUGGGGCCACGGGCGCCCCUGGGGUGCUGCUCGCCCCCUCCGCCCCGGCCCCCAACCUGCCAGCGGGCAAAAUGAACCACCGAGACCCGCUGCAGCCCCUGCUGGAGAACCCACCCCUGGGGCCCGGGGCCCCCACGUCCUUCGAGCCGCGGAGGCCCCCUCCCCUGCGCCCCGGCGUGACCUCCGCCCCCGGCUUCCCCCAUCUGCCCACAGCCAACCCCACGGGGCCUGGGGAGCGGGGCCCGCCGGGCGCAGUGGAGGUGAUCCGGGAGUCCAGCAGCACCACGGGCAUGGUGGUGGGCAUCGUGGCGGCCGCGGCGCUCUGCAUCCUCAUCCUCCUCUAUGCCAUGUACAAGUACCGCAACCGCGACGAGGGCUCCUACCAGGUGGACCAGAGCCGGAACUACAUCAGUAACUCGGCCCAGAGCAACGGGGCGGUGGUGAAAGAGAAGGCCCCGGCUGCCCCCAAGACGCCCAGCAAGGCCAAGAAGAACAAAGACAAGGAGUAUUACGUCUGAGCCCCCGGCACCGCGCCCCACUGCCAGCUGCCCCUCCUGGGAGGGCCCGAGAGGAGGGUGCGGCCCUCUCCCUGCCGGGGCCCUGGGGACCCACUCCCUGGCUGCCUCAGACUUCUCUCACGAAGAGGAAACGCAAAAAAAUGAAAAAAAAUGGAAAAAAAAAGGAAAACCCCGUGCUCGUCCCCUUCCUCCUGCCGUCCGUCGGCGCGGAGUCAUCGUGCGUCCUGGGGCUGUCUGUCCCUCUCAGCUCUGCGCCCAUCGGGCAGGGCACGUGCUCACAGUCCUGGGUUGAUUUAUUUUUUUAAGGGGGGUAGUUUUAUUUUGGUGGGGUUGGGAGGGAAGGAAGACUGGGGGUUUUGUACAGUGUCAACUACUCGUCCUGUUCAUUUUCCUCCAUUUUUCUUCCUCCUUCCUCUGUUCCCCCAGCCUUCCUUCUCUUCCCAAGCCCUCCAGUCCCCACCCCAGGCUUGCUAUGUCUCUCUGUCCCCACCCUCCUUCCCCAGUUCUCCUUUUUGUGUGUGUCUGGUUUCCCCCUUCCUUUCCUCCCUUCGGGUUUCCAGAGUCGGUGGGAGAAGGGCGGGAGGGUGGGCGGAGCGUCCCAGCGGGGGGCGGGGCCGGGAUGGCCCCGAGAGCCAUGGCUCCGCCCACCAGGAGGAGGCGCCUGCCUGGUUCCGCCCAGGGAAGGGGCUCGGGCCUGGGAAGACCUGUUCUGUUGUGUGCCGCCGGGCGACGUGCAUUGAUGGGGAAGCUGCUGGAGGAGCAGGGUGGGGGGCGGGUGGGAGGGGAAAGGCAAAUGCAGAUAUAUAUUGAAGACAAUUAAUCUAGAUAUCGCGAGCAGCAGCCUGUGGCACCCAUUGGGCGCGGGCAGCAGGGAAGAGAGGGAGCCAGGCAUUACCCGCAUACUGCUGGGGUCACUUAUCUGCCCACAGGCUCCCUGCUCCCCCAGUUUUUUUUUUUUCUCUCUUUGUUAACAAAUGUGUCUGAGUCUUGGAUAACACCCCAACCCCGGAAAUGUGUGGGAAAAGAAAACAAAAACUUUCCAAAUCCAA